AUGAGACGUUACAGUACGAUCGUAAUCUUCUUUUUUCCACUGGCACUGUGUAAUUUGACUUGGGCAUCCACAGAAAAACUCGACAUAGAUGAACAAUUAUUAACUGAAAGCAGUGAUGAUAACUAUAACUACAGCCUAGAUAACGUCGAAUCAGGCACCGCCGUUCUUUAUCUAAAGACCCUUGAUACUAGUAUAGAAGGCAUGAACCAAACAGUUGCAAAACAAUCGAGUUAUUCACAUUCUGCCGAACUCGCCUCUACAACAAGAUAUAGUAAUUAUUCUAUUUCGCUCACUGGAAGACAGGAACAGAAAACUAGUUCUACAUCGUUAAGCAACGGUACCAAGACUAGGACAACCGCAGAAUCUGUAAGCAAUUCUUCAUUAGAAACCAUGAAUUCUAGUAAUGCUGGUGGAAAUAUACUCACUACACCAUUUUUGUUGCGAGGGUUGUCAGCUUUAACCACUCUGUUCUAA